GCCUGCGUCAAGGCGUGCGGAUUCUGCUUGUUUAUCUGAAAACUGAUUUUCAUUUUUGGAAUUUGGAUAUUUUUGUAUUUUGAGCUAGAGUGCUUCAUUUCAGUUUACCAAGAUAGCUUCUUGAUGUUCAAAACGUUAAGAGGACAACUGAAACGCAGAAAUAUCGAGAAACGGUAUAUUGUAUAAUUGUUGUCCUCAAAGCAAAACGCUUUAGUCGAUCUCAUUUUAUGCGAAGAUUAUUAAUCUUAAAAUAAAUAGCCUAAAGCUAUCAGGGGAUUUUCAGGAAAAGGGGAAUCAAACGUUCUAGAGACUGUGAAAAAAAUCAGCAUAGCCUAAGUGGGUUUUUUUAUCGAUUUCUUUUUUUUUUUUUUGGUGAUAUUUCACCCCUAUGUCAUAGUGGAAUAACAUUGGUCCGUUAAAAAAAUAUAAGAAAUUUUAGUAUUAGGCCUACAUAUCGAUAUUAUGUCAGGCUGCUAAAAUUCAGAACCUUGGACAGUGGCCGACGUACGCCGCCGUUAAACUGGAAAAUUGGUGCGGUAGGAUUUAAAAGAUCAAGAAAAAUAACCUCAGAACUUAUUCUUUAUGGACUAUUUGGACUGUGCAGGAAAGCCCAGCCUCUUUUAAAAUCUGAACGAAGAGAAAGAGAAAACAUAAAGCCCCCUCUUGAGAGCUCUCAGAAUUCAUCCAGGAGACUGGCUCGGCAAGUUUUGGGCACCUGAGAGUUCGGCCCUUGUGUCCAGUGUGCCUAUAUUUGGAAGCAGCAAGGGCGGGAUCCCUUUUGUCCUCCUUUAAUCCAGCGAGGCUAGCGCACACCCCCGACUGCCCACCCCCCCACUCCCCGGCACCAUGGGCACCGUGCUCUCUCUAUCCCCGAGCUACCGGAAGGCGGCGCUUUUCGAGGAUGGCCCCGCCACGGUGGGACACUACACGGCGGUGCAGAACAGCAAGAAUGCCAAAGACAAGAACCUCAAGCGCCACUCGCUCAUCAACGUGCUGCCGUGGAAGCGCAUCGUGGCCGUCUCGGCCAAAAAGAAAGGAUCCAAGAAGGUGCAGCCCAACGCCGCCUACCAGAACAACGUCACCCACCUGAACAAUGAGAACCUGAAGAAGUCGCAGUCUUGCGCCAACCUCUCCACCUUCGCCCAGGACCCCGCUGCCCCCGCGCUCUCCAGCUCCAAGACCUCCGGAAAUGUGGCCUCCUCCGUCAAGAAGGCGCCCCUGAGCGGCUCCACCGCCGCCCCCGGCACGCCCAAGCGGGUCAUCGUGCAGGCCUCCACCAGUGAGCUCCUGCGCUGCCUGGGCGAGUUCCUGUGCCGGCGCUGCUACCGGCUCAAGCACCUGUCGCCCACCGACCCCGUCCUGUGGCUGAGAAGCGUGGACCGCUCCCUGCUCCUCCAAGGCUGGCAGGACCAAGGUUUCAUCACCCCGGCCAACGUGGUCUUCGUCUACAUGCUCUGCCGCGACGUGGUCUCUUCGGAGGUGGCUACGGAGCACGAGCUGCAGGCCGUGCUCCUCACCUGCCUCUACCUGUCCUACUCCUACAUGGGCAACGAGAUCUCCUACCCGCUCAAGCCCUUCCUGGUGGAGAGCUCCAAGGAAGCCUUCUGGGACCGCUGCCUGUCCAUCAUCAACCUCAUGAGUGCCAAGAUGCUGCAGAUCAACUCCGAUCCGCACUACUUCACCCAGGUCUUCGCCGACCUGAAAAACGAGAGCCAGAAGGAGGAGGAGAGGAGCCGUCUGCUGAUCGGUCUGGACCGGUGAGGUCAGGUGGGCUGGAGGUGGUCGGAAGAUGGCCACCGGCAGGGGGGGCAGCAGUCUGCUCUAGUCUGGCAUUUCUCAAAGGUGAUACAGUCGGUGCAUUAUGGGAGAUUGAGACUGGAUCUGGCUCACUAGUUCUAGUACAUCUUGGUCACAAAAUCCAAACCAGAUCCCAUGCUCCAGUCUUUUUUGAAAGAGACACUUAUGACAGCCUUCCUGGAUUAAUUUUCUGAUAUUGUGGCACUAAGGCAAAAGAUUAUCCUAAAAUAAGAAUGGCUGCAUUGGUAUGGCGAUAAUAAUAAGAACCAUCUGGCAAGACUGAAGCAAUCGAGUACCAUCUUUCUUCAGUUGAGGAAGUAAAAGCAGCUAUAAAAUGUGAAUUGUGAAUUGCCUAAUGAGGCUUGUGGAUGACAGAUAUGUGUGUUAAGAAGUGCUGCAACAUUGCUCCCAGCAUUGGUCCAGUUCCAGUCGGUAUCCUCUGAAAACCUAACUGCACGUCAGAUGUUUUGAAAGCAGUCAUCAAUUCAAAGCUAUUUGCCUGCUGUCAAUUCAAAUAAUCUUAUUCUUACUGUCAGAGUAUUCAGGUCAGAGAUGCCAGUAUUAUUAAUAAGGAAAAUAACAUUUAAAACGAGAUGACCUAAAAUAAAUGAAUCAACCCCCCACCCCCCAGCCUUAGUUGUGAACAGUGUUGAGCCACACCCUAAUUGAAAUGCCAGACUUGAGCAUAUUCUCUGUUCCUUAAACAUAUACAUAUAUAUAUUAUACAUAAAAUACACCGAUUACUAAAAACAACAAUGACAAAAUAGACAAGCAACAUGAAAAAAGAAAACACACACACACGCACCCACACACAAAGACAUGUCUACCGCUCAGAAUGUGGAAAGGACUUUGAGACAGUCGUGUCUCUUGCCACAAGACCCUUGAAGGGUUGAAGGACUGCAGUACCCUAUCAGGAGAGCCGGGGGGGGAGGGGUGGAGUUUGAUUGACGUAUUGGUGUUGUGUGCGACUGGAUUACUGCUGCCAUUGCGGAUGAAUGGUCCAUUGCGGCAGUGGUCUCAGCUUGGCCGGGGACCUGGAGAUGCUGAGCUUCCCUGUUCCCCUGCAGUGGAGUGUGAUGAGGACUGACAGUAAUGCGCACAUGCUGUUCUUCACUGGCACACAUUGGCUUACCGUCGCGGUGUACGCACACGUGGGCAUAUGUGUGAGGGUCAAGCACAAGGAGAGCAAAUACGUAAUACAUGUGUGUCAGGGAGUGGUGUGAGGGACCGCAAGGGGGAAGCAAGGUUUGGAUUUGUGAUGUCACAAGAAUGGUAUCAUUCCUUGUCCGGCUCAAGUGUUAUUGAUGUCCAAAUUUAUUUUCCGGGGAAGGAAUACAUCCUUUUCAGAGUUCCUCAACAGGCUGAUGCCUGAGGUUUAUUUAUUUAUAGAAUUAAUUUAUUUUCAGGAAGAGUCCUUUACGCACGUGCCAUUGAAAAUCUAUUGGCGAUUCCAGAGGGCAAUAUUUACCUUGUAUACUCUUCUUUCCUACUACAUUUCCUGCCAAGUAGAGUGCAUUCAGAGAGCACUUGAGCAUCUGGUUUGAUUGGGAUUUAAUUCUAGUAUGAAUUCUUUCUGAUGUCCACAGUGAAAUUCAACAGAAAGAUGCAACACUGGUGCCAAACAGUUGAGGGAAGUCCAGUUAGUGGGUCUGAAAAACAGACUUAUGGUCUGCAGCUUCUGAAAUGGAUACGUUGUUAGCAUACAGUUUAUUGAAUACACGCGAAAACAAUAGAUAUUUAUUUAAAUACUUUCCUUGUGAUGUCAAUAAAAUGAUCAGAAUGAAAUGACAAAUUGUAGAUAAAUCAUUUUAGUAAUCAUCAGUAACAAAAAUAAUAAUUAAUAAAAAAUGAAUGUUAGUAAGAAGUAGUACAUACAACUGAUAGGUAAGAAGAUAAUGGGGAAAUCGAUUUAUUUGAACUGGUGGGGAUUUUGCAUUUUAGGGCAAAUCAAUAGCAAAUCUAUCAUAACAGGAGAAGAGGAUGGAAGGAUCAAAGGCACUGUAGGAUAACAUUAGUCGAGUGUGGCAGCCUGUAUCACAAUAUGAGAAAGGCACAUAUUCAACUAAGAUGAGAACAUCAGUGAUGUGUUGAAAUUGAAGAGGGUCAUUACAGGGUGUUGGUGCAUAGGAGGACAUAGUUUUACCUGGGGGGACCUUGUUCAGAAAAGGGCAGUCAAGGGCUCCCCAGACUAUGUAAUCACACACUGCCAACAAAAGCUAAUGUCUUUUGCUGUUUGCCGAGUGCACUGGAUCAGGGGCUGUGCAGGCAAAGUUGUUGCCAACUGUUGUAGGGGAAAAUUAAGCUUGCAAUCUGUUUGGAGUAAAUGUGACAAAUGGGAGACCAUUAUUUGGUAGGCCAACCACCAUCGCCUCCUUGAAUCUCAUCUCCCAUGGGAGAUUCUGGUAUUGUCUGUGUGGAAACUAGAACCCGAACCUGAGGAUAUCCCCUUCUCUGAGGAAACGAACAACAAAAAGCAGAAAGGAUUCCAGAGACCUUGCUUUAACUUGCUGCCAGCUCUCUGACAGCUUUCACACAGAAACCGAGGAGCUGGCAAGAUUAAAUGAACAAAUGCCACAAACAACACAAAGGAACUCAAAAAAGUAUUCAAUAAAUAUUUAUUUGCCCGCUU